GACAUGUACACUGAUCAUCAGGGCACUGAUGAUCAGUGUGCCCUGAUGAUCAGUAUAGCCCCAGCAGUGCCACCUAUUAGUGUCCAUCAGUGCCUUAUGUCAGUGCUCAUCAGUGCCUCGUGCCAGUGCCCAUCAGUGCCACAUCAGUGCCACAUAUCAGUGCACACCAGUGAACAUCAAUGCCACAUAUCAGUGCCCAUCUGAGCUGCCUUUCAGUGUCACCCAUCAGUGCCAGUCAGUGCCACCUAUCAAUGCCAAUCAGUGCCAUCUAUCAGUGCCAGUCAUCAGUGCCACCUAACAGUGCCAGUCAGUGCCGCCUAUUAGUGCCAGUCAGUGCCGCCUAUCAG